AUGGUUGAAGAGAGCAAAGUCCCUUUUGAGAAAGCAUUUCCAGUUUCCCCUGACUGCAUUAGGGUGGUUUCUGUGACCAGGGUCGUACGCUCAGGAAGAGAAGGAAUACAGGAGGAGCGACGCAGAUGGUGUGUAACAUUCCUUUUCCAGUUUACUGAUGGCCAGGAAGGGAUAAUGACUGUGUUCCAGACCAAAAAUUCUGGCAACAGGAGGAGCAGCAGCAUAAGGUUAACUGCAAAAACAGGAGAGCUAAACACAGGCUUGCCUGAUUUAGAAAGGCAGAUUUUUGCAUAUGAAUUAUUACAGGAUGCAAAAGAUGAAGGUAAUGAGACUAAAGCCAGAAGGAUGAGCAAAUUAAGAAAGACAAGAAAGAAAGUCACUAAACUACAUAUUUUUUCAACUGAAAUAGGAGAAACGGAUUUUUCCAACUCAAAAGAAAAGAUUAGAAAUCAAAUGGUGGGCCACAAACUGGGAGAUACAAACAAACCAGUCAUGGCAUCUGGCUCUGCUGAAUCUCAUUUGCCACAAGAUGACAAGGACUCCAAAGAUCAGAAAAUAGUGAUAAAGCCAUUGCCCCUCAAAACAUCAGCCAGUACUCCUGGUGGUGAAUUUCACCCAAACUCCAGCUAUAAUACUGAUAACACCAGGGACAGCAUGCAAAUUCCUACUGCACCCCAGCUUUCUUCUAGAAUGAAGCAUAUUAAACAAGAGAUGGCCAAAAAUCACCUUCAGUUUGUACGAUUUGAAGCUACAGACCUCCAUGGUGUGUCCAGGUCUAAAAGUAUCCCUGCACACUUUUUUCAAGAAAAAGUGAUCCAUGGGGUUUAUAUGCCCCGAGGUUAUCUUGAGUUGAUACCAAAUCCUAAGGACAAUGAAGUGGAUCACAUAAGAGCAACGUGUUUUAAUAGUGACAUAGUCCUGAUGCCAGAGCUUUCGACCUUCAGAGUUUUGCCCUGGGCUGAGAGGACUGCGAGGGUGAUCUGUGACACAUUCACUGUGACCGGGGAGCCGCUGUUGACCUCCCCACGGCACAUCGCCAAGAGGCAGCUGAGCCAGCUGCAGGACUCUGGCUUCUCCCUGCUCUCUGCCUUCAUCUAUGAUUUUUGCAUUUUUGGUGUGCCUGAAAUUAUCAAUUCAAAGACCAUAUCUCUACCUGCGUCAGCACUGCUAAAUAAUCAUGACCAGCCCUUCAUCCAAGAACUUGUGGAUGGUUUGUAUCACACCGGGGCCAAUGUUGAAAGCUUUUCCUCCUCUACCAGGCCUGGCCAGAUGGAAAUAUGUUUUCUGCCUGAAUUUGGCAUCAGUUCAGCUGAUAAUGCAUUUACCCUCAGAACAGGUGUGAAAGAAGUGGCAAGGAAAUACAAUUACAUCGCCAGUUUUUUCAUCGAGACUGGAGUGUGCAAUUCGGGAAUUUUGUCACAUAGCCUUUGGGAUGUCGAUGGGAAGAAAAACAUGUUCUGCAGCAGUUCUGGAAUGGGGGAGCUCACGAUCACGGGGAAAAAAUGGUUGGCGGGACUCCUGAAGCACUCCGCUGCUCUCAGCUGCCUGAUGGCUCCCGCUGUCAGCUGCCGGAAGCGCUAUUCCAAGGAGAGUAAAGACCUGAAGGAGAGUGUGCCUACCACAUGGGGGUACAAUGAUAACAGCUGUGCUUUUAAUAUCAAGUGUCAUGGUGAGAAAGGCACCAGGAUAGAAAAUAAACUGGGUUCAGCCACAGCAAAUCCUUACCUGGUGCUGGCUGCUACUGUUGCUGCAGGCUUGGAUGGACUUCAAAGCUAUGAUGGCGUUUGGGCUGGGCCAGAUGACAGCACAGACCUCCAUGAAUCUGCUCCUGAGAUCCCUUUGAAACUAGAAGAUGCCCUGGUGGCACUAGAUGAAGAUCAAUGUCUGAGACAGGCUCUAGGAGAAACUUUUAUUCGAUAUUUUGUUGCCAUGAAGAAAUAUGAGUUGGAAAAUGAAGAAACAGAUGCUGAGAGAAAUAAAUUCUUAGAGUAUUUCAUUUAGAGUGGAAUCCUUAACUAUUCCUUUAGCGAUGUGUUUUUACUUAAGUAGCUGAUAUGCCGAAAAGAAAAGAUUGGAUUUUUGUAACCACGUCAAGAAUACAAAUGCUUUUUCUUUUUUCUUUUUCUUUUUUUUCUUUUUUUUUUUUGUCCCCAUGGAAUAUCUGACAGAUGAAGUCAGGCUGCUGGGAGGAUUAUGAUAACAGAAGGAAACAAUAAAGUUGUGGUGCAGCUGUGAUGUGCAAAACCACUGAGCCUUGUCACUCAGUGGUCACUGCCUCUUUGUACAUUAACCUACACACAAAUACUCAGUUUGUGGGGGGGGGCAACAAAUAUAUUCACAGAAUAAAAAGACUUAAGAAUUAGAAACCAAAAUUCAAAUGAUGAAAAAUAAAGAUGAAAUAAUUUCAACUUCACACUGCCAGAGAAACAAAAAUACUUACUAAUAUAAUCUUAUUCAUCAAGGCGUAUUGAGGAUCUUUUGUAAGCAUCACUGAGAUAUUUCUAAAAGACUUAGAUAAGUUCCACAAAAAUAUGUCAUGAUGACAAGUUAGCAGAAGUUUUAACACUUUUUACUCUUCUCCACUAGCUCCUGAAAGGCCCAGGAACUUCAAGGCUAUAAUGUCCCCAAGAAACAAAUCCACAAGAAAUAGGUAUUGAGCUGGGAACAAUGAGGUCAAAUAUUUAAAAGCAGAGAAAAAUCUUCCUUUAAACGAUAUCUCAUAUAGAGGCCUAAUCCAUAAAAUACAGAUGGAAUGGGAAUGAA